AUGAGCAGUGCUUGGUAUAUAAAUGAACCUAUUCCACCGAAAGAUGAAAGGUUAGUGUACGCUCAUGGCACAGUUAUGGUUCUUGCUUGGAUACUCUUGGCCUCUACAGGUAUAUUAUUUGCACGUUACGGACGUCUACUACGAAUUGGUACAAGACGAAAACUACUUGGCAGUAUGAUUUGGUUUCAAAUUCAUCGAUUAAUUCUUUGUCUAGUUACGAUCACAACAUUGCUUGGUUUCUUUCUCAUUCUAGUAAACGAAAAUGGCAAAUGGGUGAGUGCUGACAAAGAUGGACGUCGUAUUUUCGCUCAUUCCGUGCUCGGUGCUAUUAUUGUAUGUUGUACUUUAUUACAAGCCUGGAUUGCAUUGUUUCGUUGCCGUCCAGAUAGUCCAUAUCGUUCAAUUUUUAAUUGGCUCCAUCGAAGCAUGGGAUAUUUGCCAUUUUUUCUUUCUAUACCGACUAUUUUUCUCAUCGUAGUUGAACCAAAAGCACUACCUAUGGAACGGGGUGGUUUCAUUGCUAUUCUUUCGAUUUGGUCUGCCUGGAUUGUUCUUGUUGUUAUUCUUUUUGAAGCUGUGGAAUAUCGUGCUCGUGUAAAAUCGACGUCCGGAGUAUAUCGAGUUGGUCGAAAUCAACUGAUUGAUCAAACUUUGCCACUGAGAAAAAAAAUGACCAAUGACGAUAGCACGGAUAGCCAGUCUUUGAACAAGACUAAACUCUAUUUAUUUCUUUUACAUAUUAUUGUGGCUGUUUCUUUAACUAUUUCACUCAUUGUUCUUAUUUGGCGACAGACAUAG